AUGCCUGGCAGAGGCUUCCCGUUAGACGCGGUAACGUCCGACUUUCACCUCUCCUCCUACGCCCUCGGGUACAACCCACGGCUACGCCUCCCACAGCCGCCCGACUCGCCGCCCAUCCGCCGACGCCCUCGCAGAACCCACGGCGGCCCUCGCGACGACAUUGUGACGCUUCUGCAUGAGAUCAUGACGACGCCCGAGCAUAGCGGCUUCGAGGCGCUGAGCGACGACGACGACGACCUGGUCGAGAUUGUCUCGGCGCGACCCAGCAGGCCUGCCAGCGCCGUCCCUCCGCCACCCCCCAUUCUUCCACAGCCUGGUGGCAGUCGACCGUCCUCGACAGGCGCUAUGCAUAGAGGACAGCAUGCAGGAUCGCGCCCGCCUCCCCAGGAAGCCGUUAUUGAUCUCACAGAGGAGCCCGACUCGCCGGUCGAGGUGCGAGCAGCUCCGCGGACCAGUAAUGCGACUGGGGAGACACCGGCGGCACGGCUCCCACCGAUUCGCACGCACCGCCAUCCUCGCCGCACAAAUUCGCAGCGUCUCACGCCACCGCGUCUCUCCCGCAGCGAAAGCAUCAUGCUCGCGUCGGAACCCAGCUUCAUCGAUCUCACCGGCGACGACGAUACCACGAACGGCCAUCACACAAACUCCAACAACGAGCCGCCCCGUCGCAGCAACCGCAACCACCAGCGUCCCAUCAUACCGCCGCAUCCCGACAGCAGCACGGUCGGCGGUGGCAAUGACCACCUUGUGGACUUUGAGUUUCUGAACCCGCGACACGCCAUCCGUUAUGGAUUCGCAUCGUCCUUUGCCAGGGGUUUCGGCCGUACACUUGCUGAUAUUCUCAGCGCCGACUUCCUCACCAGUCAGACCCAGCCGUCUCUGCCGCUGCCCGCAGGACUGCCUGCGCGCCUGUAUGCUCAAAGACACCCGCGACAGCCUAGUCCUCCGCGGGAAAUGCCGCCGCUACCCCCGACCACAUCGGGCUUCACAAGGGACACGGUGGUCGAGCCUAGCGCGGAUACGGACGAGCGCGUUGCCGUCUGCCCGUCCUGUAACGAGGAGCUCGCCUACGAUCCUGCUGGAGGCGCCGCGGUGCAGACCACAGCCACUGGGGCUAAGAAGCGCAAGCGUGCCGCGGGCGACCAUCACUUUUGGGCCGUCAAGAAGUGCGGACAUGUCUACUGCGCGGAAUGCUUUGAAAAUCGCCGACCGACGAAGGCCAACCCCGACGGCGUGGGCUUCGCCGGUCCGCCAGGGAAGCUGCCGCAGCAAGCACCGCACGAUUUGCGCUGCGCGGUGGAAGGCUGCGACUCCAAGGUGGCGAAUAAGACGGAGUGGGUGGGAAUCUUUUUGUAG